AGGUUUCUGACCAUAGAGAAUGUCCCACACUUUUGGGCACAACAUGGAAUCUCCUAAUCUCACUGACAUUGACCCUUCUGUCUUCUUCCUCCUGGGCAUCCCAGGUCUGGAACAAUUUCACCUGUGGCUCUCACUCCCUGUGUGCUGCUUAGGCACAGCCACAAUUGUGGGCAACAUAACUAUCCUAGUUGUUGUUGCCACUGAACCAGUCUUGCACAAGCCUGUGUACCUUUUUCUGUGCAUGCUCUCAACCAUAGACUUGGCUGCUUCUGUCUCCACCAUUCCCAAGCUACUGGCCAUCCUCUGGUGUGGAGCUGGACAUAUAUCUGCCUCUGCCUGCCUGGCACAGAUGUUCUUCAUUCAUGCCUUCUGCAUGAUGGAGUCCACUGUGCUGCUGGCCAUGGCCUUUGAUCGUUAUGUGGCCAUUUGCCACCCACUCCGCUAUGCCACAAUCCUCACUGACACCAUCAUUGCCCGCAUAGGGGUGGUAGCUGUGGUGAGAGGGUCCCUGCUCAUGCUCCCAUGUCCUUUUCUCAUUGGGCGUUUAAACUUCUGCCAAAGCCAUGUGAUCCCACAUACAUACUGUGAGCACAUGGCUGUGGUGAAGCUGGCCUGUGGAGACACCAGACCUAACUGUGUGUAUGGGCUGACAGCUGCACUGUUGGUCAUUGGGGUGGACUUGUUCUGCAUUGGUCUUUCCUAUUCUCUCAUUGCACGAGCUGUUUGUCGCCUCUCAUCCCAUGAUGCUCGGUCCAAGGCCCUAGGGACCUGUGGUUCCCAUGUCUGUGUCAUCCUCAUCUCUUAUACACCAGCCCUCUUCUCCUUUUUUACACACCGCUUUGGCCAUCACGUUCCACUCCAUAUUCACAUUCUUUUGGCAAAUGUUUAUCUGCUUUUCCCACCUGCUCUUAACCCUGUGGUAUAUGGAGUUAAGACCAAAGAAAUCCGUGAAAGAGUUGUCAGGGUGUUUCAAAGUGGACAGGGAACCAGCAUCAAGGCAUCUGAGUGACCCUGGAGUAUAGAUGGGACUUAAUCCAAAAUAAAAGAAACUUUUCAAGAUAAAGAAUCCUCAGUAUGUGAGACCAGAAAGAGCUUUUAAGAAGUAGACAAAUGGGACCUAAUCAAACUCCACAGCUUCUGCACGGCAAAAGAAACAGUAGCUAGAGUGAAUCGUCAACCAACAGAAUGGGAAGAAAUUUUUGCAGUUUACCCAUUUGACAAAGGGCUGAUAUCCAGAAUUUACAAAGAACUCAAACAGAUUUACAAGAAAAAAACAAACAAGCCCAUUCAAAAAUGGGCAAAGGAUAUGAACAGACACUUUACAAAAGAAGACAUACAUGAGGCCAACAAACAUGAAAAAAUGCUCAUUAUCACUGGUCAUCAGAGAAAUGCAAAUCAAAACUACACUAAGAUACCAUCUCAUGCUAGUUAGAAUGGCCAUCGUUAAAAAAUCUGGAGACAAAAAAUCCUGGAGAGAAUGUGGAGAAAUACGAACACUUUUACACUGCUGGUGGGAGUGUAAAUUAGUUCAACUAUUGUAGAAGACAGUGUGGCAAUUCCUCAUAGACCUAGAAAUAGAAAUUCCAUUUGACCCAGCAAUCCCAUUACUGGGUAUAUAUCCAAAGGACUACAAAUCGUUCUACUAUAAGGACACAUGAACACGAAUGUUCAUUGCAGCACUGUUUACAAGCAAAGACCUGGAACCAACCCAAAUGCCCAUUGAUGAUAGACUGGACUGGAAAAAUGUGUCACGUAUACAUCAUGGAAUAUUAUGCAGCAAUCAAAAACAAUGAGUUCAUGUCCUUUGUAGGGACAUGGAUGAACGUGGAGAACAUCAUUCUCAGCAAGCUGACACAAGAACAGAAAAUGAAAUACCGCAUAUUCUCACUCAUAGGUGGGUGAUGAACAGCGAGAACGCAUAGCCACAGGGAGGGGAGCACUACA